AUUUAGUCCUUCUUUGAACGCGUUGUCGACGAGUCACGAGUUCGCAAGCUUCCCCAGUUCGUUUGAUGCGUUCGUUACUUCGUUCGUUCGUUCGUAUUCUGUUUGCCAAGUUCAAUUUUGUUGUACUCGAAUUCCCAACUGGGAAGUCGGCAAGCGAGAAGCCCAAACAAAAAAUAUAUAAAACUGAACAGAAACACCAGCAACUACAGUCUUCAGACAGACAAACAAACAGCUGAAUAAAUCGAAACCUAAACCCAAUCUAAAUCUAUAUCUUAUUCAUCCAAAACCUAAAGUGUUUCUAACUAUCAAUUCUUAAUGUAAAAUUAUCUUUAAACUAUAAAUAAACCCAAAAAACACGAACCACACGAAACCGAAACCAAAAUCUAAACCAAAUAAUCGAUUCAAAAUCGCAGCCCCAGGCAUAACUCCCAUUGACCACCAAGCACAUGAGCUUGUGGCUAAAGGUGUCUCCGGCAUCGACUUGUUUCAUGUUGUAAUUCGAGGACUUUCGUUUAUUGGCAACAAUAAUGGUCAGCACAACAUUGACGACACUGGCUGCUGGACAAACAACUAGUAGCAGUAAUCAUCAUCACCACCACCAUCACCACCAGCCGCAGCAGCAGCAGCAGCAGCAGCAUCAGCCGCCGCAGCAGCAGCAACAGUCGCAGCAGUUGCAAUACCAGCGACUCAGCUAUUACGCGCUGAAUAACGGCAGCCUUGAACACGAGUGCGACGGCAGCAAUUCCAACUACCAGCAGCAGCAGCAGCAGCCGCAACCGCAGCUGAACCUGUCGCAGGCUCUGCUGUCACCAUCGCCGCCACUAAACGAUCAGAUCAGCCUGCUUUUCCCCAAGUGCCGACCCAAGCAGCAGCAGCAGCAGCAGCAGCAGGCAACCCAGCAGCAGCAGCAACAGCAGCGACAUGAGCUCCUGGCGGAUGUGAAUCUGAACAAUAGCAGCAGCAGCAACCGAAGCAGCAGCCCCAUUUCGGCGGUCAUUUCCACAGAGGAGAAACCGCUGGCCAGUCCGCCGCCCCUGGUUACGCCCUUGAUUACUCCAGCGAGCAACAGCACGCCGCCCAGUUACUACAAGAGCGUCAAUAUCAUCACACAAUCACCGCCACCGCAUUCGGCUUCAUCGCACUCCUCCGAAUCACUGUCCUCAGUCACACCGCGCAUCUCCACGAAUCCCUUUCUGUGCGCCCCACUGACGCCGCCCACGCCGCCGGACGACGAAGAGCCUGAGCUGGAUAACGCCGGCGGAGAAACCGCCGUGGAGCUGAGCAACAGAAGCCGGAGCAGAAGCGGAGCGGUGGCCAUCAGCGAGGAGCCCGACUAUCCUUCCUCCUUCUACUACCACCACACCGUCGUGGGGGAUAGCCGGCGUGGCACCGGCGGCUACGCGGAGAUGCCGCGCAAAAGGAGCGCCAAUCUGCCCGCCACCAACAGGCAGCAGCAGCAGCAGUUGCAUAAUGGAAACGGUGCAGGCGGUGGCAGUCAGAACCCCUUCAUCAAGGAGAACUAUUGGGAGGCGCCACCCACCAGAGCGAGCUCACUGCUUCACUCACCCACGGAGUAUGCCGAGGAGCAGCAGCAGCAGCAGCAGCAACAUCAGCAGCAACAGCAGCAACAUCAGCAGCAGCAGCAACAGCAACAGCAGCAACAUCAGCAGCAGCAACAUCAGCAGCAGCAACAUCAGCAGCAGCAGCAACAGGCUCAGCACCUGCACGCCUCUGCCAGACGAGCUUACCACCAGCAGCGGGAACAGGCAUACGGAUUGGGUCAGAGAACGCAGCAGCAGCAGCAGCAACAGCAGCAGCCUCAGGCUCAACUACGGGUAGGCAGGAGUCCAGUGAAUCGCAACAGCUUUCCGCAACAGCAGGUGACCAACACCUCUGCCAGCACUAAUCCCUGCGCCGAUGGACUGACUCCUUUAGCUAGUCACUACCUAUAUGGCAGCAAGUCGUCGCUGGAUCAACAUGCCGGCGACUGGGAGCCACGGGAGCAGCGCAAACUGAGGCUUCGCGAGGAGCGGGAACGGGAGAGGGAGCGUGAGCGGGAGCGGGAGAGGGAUCGUGAGCGGGAGCACCUUUUGCUGGAGCAGCAGCAGCAGCAGAUGCAGUUGCAGGAGGUGCAUGCGGUGAGGGAGAACCACCUAAGCCACAUGGCAGGUCAGCAGCAAAGGAAACGUCAUGGACACGGCGAGGAGCGAGAAAGAGAAAGAGAAAGGGAGCGAGAGCGGGUUAGGGAUCGUGAUCAUCGUUUGGUCAAUGGGAAUGCGGAUCUCAACGAGAGCUGGCAGCAUUUGCGCGUGACGACGGAGAACCAGACGGCGGAGGAGAACAACAAGGCCGGCAAAUCCCAGCUCCAGAUGCAGUCCCUACUCAACCAGGCCAGCCAGAGUCACAACCAGAUUCAGAUCCAGAACCCGGAAGCCUACAGAGAGCACAAGCUGGACGCCUGGCAGUUGGAACGCAACUACACGCUGGCCGUGGAGUCGCGCCAUGGAAUCAUAGAGUACGAAGGCUCGCCACGACGCAUUGGAGUCACAACUAACAACUUGGUUGCUGCAGCAGCAGCAGCAGCAGCAGCGGCGCAAGCAGCAGCAGCGGACGAAAGCGAACCACCAGCAACGGCAACGGAUCCAGGAUCAGGAUCAGGAUCAGCAGCAGGAGCACAACAGCUUCCCAUGGCAGCAGUGCCGCCGUUGAGUGCCACGGCCACAUCGCUGCAAAAGACAGCGGCCCGGGCAGCCCUUGCCGCUUUGGCCCAGACACAACCCCAUGCCCAACAUCCCCUAAGUGCCCUCAGCGCUCUUAAUACACACAUGUCCCUGAAUCCCAACCAGAUCCAUCAGCAGCCAGCGGUACAGCCACCCCAGCAGCAGCAGCAGCAGCAGCCGUUGCAGGCCUAUCCCGUGCGUCCCGGGUUUCCACAGCGCAUCAUUUCGCCGCCGCAUCGAGAGCCUCGCAGCAGCUCACCCACCCUGCAGCAAUCGCAGCAGCCGCUGCACAUGCAACAGCAGCAGCAUCAGCAACAGCAACAGCAACAGCAGCAACAGCAGCAACAACAACACUUUGCCAGCCUGAUGAGCAACCAUAGCAACAACAAUACCAACAACACCAACAACAAGCAGCCGCUGAGCAGCGACAACAAUGCAGAGGACACCAGCAACGAUGUGUCCGAGAUCGGUACCAUCUCCGACCUAACCACUCCGGAGGUGGCAAUGGCCGGAGCUGGAGUCGGAGGAGCUGGAGAGUUGGCCAGUCGAGCGAUGACACCACCGACAAUUGGAAAUGGAACGGUAGCAGGAACCGGAAAUGGAACGGGAAAUGUAGCUGGUUCCGGAAAUGCGAAUGGAACCGGUCCUGGUUUGGGUCCUUUGAGUCUUCACACCAAAUCCUCAACUUUUGACUAUCUGUACGAGUUCUCGGAGACGCGCAAAGUGCUGGAGGAGUUCUUCAAGUGUCCCUCCACCGAUGAGCAGCCCAUCAUGGAGAAUGGCAGCGAUGUGGACAGCAUUGAUAUACAGUACGAGUUUCACAGCAACUUCGAACGCGACGAGGAGGAUCUGGCCGAAGAAGAGGAGGCCGAGGACGACGACGAGGCCGACGAUGACCUGGCCGAUGAGGAGAACGACGAGGCCGAGGACGAGGAUGAUGGCAUCUUGGACCAGGAUCAUGAGCUGAACUAUCGUCAGCAACAGCAGCAGCAGCAGCAGCUCCAGGCUGCUCCCACCGAGCGCCAUGUCUACGGCGGCUAUGGACAACAGGCGCCGCAACAGCAACAGCAGCAAGCGUCGCUUCCCGCCCAGCCCCUCAUUGGCAUGGGCGUGACCCGGCGGCACUACAGCGGCAGUCCAUUGAUGCGGGACUUUGACUUCUUCCUGGACUCCGCCAGUCGGAGCAGCGGCGAACGGGAUGGCGAUCAGGAUGGACUCAAUCACAACCAGUUGCUGAGCACCGGCAGCAAUGGCCAGGGUGGCGUCGGUGUGGGCGUGGGUGUGGGUCCAGGCGGAGGACACAACUAUCGUUACUCGCCGGAGACCACCGACUAUGACUCCAAUUGCGGGGAUCUGGACAGUCUUUCUGGCGAAAUGAAUGGUGGCGUGUCCACUUCCUGCUCCAAUUACGCCAAGUACUAUGCCUCGGCCAUGCCUGUCCUGGAGGAUGGCCUCUCCUCUGGUCAUACCAGUGACACCGAGAACAACAACAACAAGAACCUGCAGCAGGCGUUGGCCAAUCAGGAACGGGAUCGGGGACAACAGGGCCAGUGUCCGCCCACCAGUCUCAGUGCCAGCACCAGCAUUGGCGGCAGCGGUGGCAUCUCCAUGCUGAUGGACAUGAAGCGCAUCUCCACGAAUAAUAGCCUGAACAGCAUGCACAACCUGACGACCACCACGGCCUCAACCACGGACAGCAAUGGCAUCGGAGGAGUGGGUCCCAGUCCCAGCAAUGGGCUGACCAAACCCCCGUCGCAAUCGCAGCCUCCGCUUUUGGGUCAGAGUCCCAGUAACCACAGCAAAGUGUUCAAGAAUAUCGAUCCGGAACUGGAUUCGCUCUACUCGAUCAGUGUUUUCCAUCGCCCGGACACGGUGCAGAUGACGCCACCGCCGCCGGCUCCGGCACCGCAUCGCAAACCCAACGCUAGCACCAAUGGCCAGGCCGAUGUGGAUCUGCUGCAGCCGAGUAGUAAGCACACUCCUUUGGCGGUGGCCAUUAGCUCCACGCUGCAGCGCAGCUCACCCACCGCGGCGGUUGCCGGAAGCGGAAAUGGAAGCGGAGGCUUGAACUCCAAACCGCGAAGCGCGGGCAGCAAUUGCAGUAGCAGCAAUGGCGGUGGAGGAGUGCCGCCACCCAUCCCAGAGAGGAGCAAUCUUCCGCCCGCUCAAAGGUCACCAUCACCGGGUCUCAACUCACCUGUGUGGCUGUCACGUCACCUGGACGGCGGUGGCAGCGGCGCUGGCAAAGCUCUGCUAGAGUCCGCUUCGGAUAAUCACUCGAAAAAUCACAGUGCCGACGAGGAGGAUGUGGACACCGAUCUGGAGACGGACCGCCUGCUGGGCCAUCAGCGUCUGGACGAUCAGGGCUAUUACGAUGAGAACAAGAGCUGGGAUCGCAAGCCGCGUUCGUUGCUCUCGAAGAUCUCGCCCAAGCAGCAGCAGAUGCCCAGCACCAAGACGCGCAAUGGCUACAAUGCUCUGCUCAGCUCCACGCCGGAGUUGCCGCCACCGAUUCCGCCCAAGAGCCAGCAGGCCGGCUCCGGAUUGGGUGGCCUGGGUGGACUCUCACAGGGCAAGCUCCUGGAUCUGGUCGGUGGCAUGGUGCAGCGCAGUUUGUCGCGGAGUAGCUCCUCGGAGCAUAGCGAUAAGUCACCCAGUAAAUUGGUGACCACCAAUUCUGGCGGUGAUUUGUGCUCCGCAGGAUCUGUGGAUGUGGUUGCCUCAGCUGUGGCGGCCACCACGGCGGCGGCGGUGGCAGCUGCAGCAGCAGCGGCGGCAGCAGCGGCGGCGGCAGCGGCAGCCGGAACAACCCCUGCUCUGGGAAGUCCUGGGAAUGGUGGGGGCUCAGAGAGAUCUGCAGGAGCAGGCAAUGCCAGUGGAUCUGGAGCUGGUCUCAAGCAACUGGGCGGCGAGACGUCGGAGAAUGGAAUGGCCAAUGGAGGCACGGCGACGGCCACUGCCGCCGUGGGCGUUGUGGUGGCCAAUGGCGGCGGUGUGAACACGGGCAGCGGAAACGGAAGUGGCAGCGGCAGUGGCACAAACAUUGCCAAUCCAACGGCAAAUGGUAACAACGGAAACGGAAGUGGAGCUGGAAGCAACAGCAACAGCGGCAGCGGCGAGAAAAAAGUGAAAAAGAGCGGUGCAGUGCUCAUCGAGGGAGUGCUCUUCCGGGCCAAGUACCUGGGCUCCACGCAGCUGGUCUGCGAAGGACAACCCACGAAAUCGACGCGAAUGAUGCAAGCGGAGGAGGCGGUUUCCCGGAUUAAGGCGCUGGCCCCCGAUGGCGAUGUACAGCCCAGCACCGAGGUGGAUCUGUUCAUCUCGACGGAGAAGAUAAUGGUGCUGAACACGGAUCUCAAGGAGAUCAUGAUGGACCAUGCCCUGCGUACCAUCUCGUAUAUCGCGGACAUUGGAGACCUUGUGGUAUUGAUGGCCCGCCGUCGAUUCGUGCCCCAGGACAUCGACGAUGCCCCCAAACCUAAUCGCACACCCAAAAUGAUCUGUCAUGUGUUCGAAAGCGAUGAGGCCCAGUUCAUAGCCCAGUCCAUUGGCCAAGCCUUCCAGGUGGCCUACAUGGAGUUCCUCAAGGCGAACGGCAUCGAGGAUCAUCGGUUUGUCAAGGAGAUGGACUACCAGGAGGUGCUCAACAGUCAGGAGAUAUUCGGCGACGAACUGGAGAUCUUUGCCAAGAAGGAGCUGCAAAAGGAGGUCGUUGUGCCCAAGGCUAAGGGCGAGAUCCUGGGCGUGGUGAUCGUGGAGAGCGGCUGGGGUUCGAUGCUGCCCACUGUGGUGAUUGCCAACCUGAUGAGUUCCGGGGCAGCGGCUCGAUGUGGACAACUUAAUAUCGGCGAUCAGCUGAUCGCCAUCAAUGGGUUGAGCCUCGUCGGACUACCGCUAUCCACCUGCCAGACAUACAUCAAGAACACCAAGAACCAGACGGUGGUCAAGUUCACGGUGGUGCCAUGUGCACCCGUGGUCGAGGUGAAGAUUAAGCGACCGGAAACCAAGUACCAGCUCGGGUUCAGCGUUCAGAAUGGAGUGAUCUGUAGUCUACUUCGUGGCGGAAUCGCGGAGCGAGGCGGUGUCCGUGUGGGUCAUCGCAUCAUCGAGAUCAACAACCAGAGCGUGGUGGCUGUGCCCCACGAAAAGAUUGUCAACUUGCUGGCAACAUCCGUGGGAGAGAUACUCAUGAAAACGAUGCCCACGUCCAUGUUCCGCCUGCUCACUGGCCAGGAGAAUCCCAUAUAUAUUUAAGCCAGCCUGCUGGAGCAAGGAUAAUAAACGGCGAUUAUUGUUAACUAUAAAAAAAGAAAAAAAACAAAAAUCAUAUGAGGAUAUUACGAUAUUUAGUAUAUAUACCUAUACAUAUAUAGAGCGAGAAAGAGAGAUGUAUAUGCGUGUAUAGGUUUAGGAGGAUAUGAUUUAGCUUACUUAUAUAUAUAUAUACAUCUAUAUAUAUAGUAUAUAUAUACUAAACAUAUACGUUUUUUUUUCGUGAGUAACCUAGACAAAGUUCGAUCGGAGGCGAGUUAAGAGCAGCUACUACGACAAAUAAGAGGAGACGAAGCUAUAACUAAACCACACAUGGCACGCCUUUUGCAAAGCUUAGUAAUAAUAGUUAAUAACAAGGUCAGACGGACAUAACUAUAUAUAUAUAUAUAUAACAAUGAUGAUGAUGAUGAUGAACACAAUGACCUUUUUGCGAAAACGUCCUUAGCUUAGUUGAACAGCGACAUUAGUCAGAGAUUAAGGCGAUUAGUAACAGACCCUCCCCCCCACAGAACCCAUACAUAUAUGCUUACCCAUUACUUAUUGUAAAAAACCAAAAGGACACGAGCACAAGGACACAACUGAAGACCCCGAACCGAAUCGGGAUUCGCAGCAGGCAGCUCUUUUGAUAUAGUCUAUAUAUACAUAUAUAUAAUCCACACACACUAUAUAGCACCCCCGAUAUAUUUAUAUAUAUUUAACGAAACAGAAUGGAAUGCUUUUGGGUCAGUUAGUAAAUUUGGAAAAUAUUAUCAAAGCGUUUUCCACUCGCACACAUAGCCGAGAAAAUUUUGAUAGUUGUAACGGAUUAUAGGCCUGAUCGUAUUGUGUAUUUGUAUUGCGGAAAAUUGGAAGAGCUCCCACCCCACAUGCCCCAUAUAGAGGAUUUAGUUUAGCAGAAACACAGACACUCUACACUAUGUACACUACAGUCAUACAUACAUCACUUACACACUCACUUAGACGCUUCGAUUUCAAACCAUCUUCGUCCAAAAAUUGUGCUACUACUCGUUAAACAAGUUGAUAGAUAUAGAAAGAGACAGAGAGAUAGAGAGAGAGAGAUAUUAGAGAGAAGGGAAAGAAAGAGAAAGGCUUAGGCAAUGAUAGAUAUGAAUGGGAAAGAGACAGAGAGAGAGAGAGAGACGCAAGAAAGAGAGGUAACGAUAUCGUACGUACCUAGUUUCGCUUUAUAUAGAGAGUUAUUGCAGCGAAAGGGAGACGGCAACAGGAACAGUCAGAGACAGAGACAGAGAUAGCGAUAGAGAUCGAUAUCAAGAGGGAGACAUUGCAUUUCUAUGUGUGUGUACAAUGUGUGUGUGUAAAAUACUCGCUUUUCGGCCCACAAA